GGGUAGUCACACCAGCUGGGACGUAGUAAGGGAGAGCGGACCAUCCCACCAACACCACCACCACCACUACCACCUCCACCACCACCACCACCAGCACCUCUGCAACCUACCUCUCAACCUACCUGCCAACCUCUCUACCUGGGAUGACUUUAACCUACCCAGACUUCGAGAAAGGAGCGGCAAAUGACGGACAUCACUUGACACUUCCCGGCUCCCUUCCUACCACCCCCACCACCGCCAUUGCGUCCGUCGGCCCGCCUCCCGGGGCCCCAAGUACGCGGAUGGGGCCCAUGCACUCCGCCUCCCUCCACAACCAAAGGAAGCUGACGGGGGAUGCGGGGUUUGAGGCCGACGAGAACGAUGGCGGGAUCGGCGUGUGUGGCUGGAUCCUCACCGGGCUGUCCUGGAUGCUCGUGUUGGCUACGAUGCCCUUCUCCUUCUGUGUGUGUUUCAAGGUUGUACAGGAGUACGAGAGGGCCGUCAUCUUCCGCCUCGGUAGACUGCUUCAGGGUGGUUCCAAGGGCCCAGGACUAUUUUUCACGCUUCCGUGUAUUGAGUCUUAUCGCAAAGUGGACCUCCGGACUGUAACGUUUGAUGUUCCGCCGCAAGAGGUCCUCACCAAAGACUCCGUGACGGUGAGCGUGGACGCCGUUGUGUACUACCGAGUGAGCAACGCCACGGUCAGUGUAGCCAACGUGGAGAACGCCCACCACUCGACGCGGCUCCUGGCCCAGACGACCCUCAGGAACAUGCUGGGAACCAAGAACUUGCACGAGAUUCUGGGCGACAGGGAGUCCAUCUCGUGUGACAUGCAGAACUCCCUGGACGAUGCUACUGAUAACUGGGGCAUCAAGGUAGAGCGCGUCGAGAUCAAGGACGUACGUUUGCCAGUUCAGCUGCAGCGCGCCAUGGCAGCCGAGGCCGAGGCAGCGAGAGAGGCCAGGGCAAAGGUGAUCGCCGCCGAGGGUGAACAAAAGGCAUCGCGGGCCCUCAAGGAAGCUGCUGAAGUCAUCUCCCUCUCCCCCGCCGCCCUCCAGCUUCGCUACCUCCAGACACUCAACACCAUCUCCGCCGAGAAAAACUCCACCAUCAUCUUCCCGCUGCCCAUCGACUUCCUGCAGCACUUCAUGGGCAGGAAGGAUACGAAGGAGUGACUUCAAAGUGACCCUGACCUUAUCCUCCCUAUCCUUCAACCCUUCCUUCUCCUCUUCCUGCCACUUCUCCCCCUUCUCCUCCUCCUCCUCCUCCUCCUGCUCCUCCGCCUUCUUCCCCGCUCCCCUCAAAAAAAUGCCUCUUUCUCAAUAGUUUUUAUACACCACUAUAAAUGUUAUAUACAGAGGAUAUAAAGUCUAUAUAUAUAUAUUAUACAUUAAGCUCAUAGACAGUUGCCUACAUGAUUGAAAGUCGAUUUUUAGGAUAAUGGUUGUAUGUGUAGAGUGUGUAUAUGUGUGUGUGUGUGUGCGUCAGUUUGUUUGGUCCCUAAAAGCUUAUAGACAGAGAGAAGAGGAGGGAAAGAAAGACAGAGAGCGAAAGAGAAAGAGAAAGAAAGAAAGAGGAGACAUGCGAAAGAAAGAAAGAAAGAGAGAAGAGAAAGUUAAGACCUGCAAUAAAGAGAGAGAAUCGAAUAAACAGAAUGAGAGAAGAGAGAGAAAAAGAAAGAGAGAGCAGAAAAGAAACAGAAAGUGAAAAUAAAGAAUAAGAUGAAUGUAAGAGAAAGGGAAUGAAAGAGAAAGGAGAGAAUGACAAGCCUGGUCAAACUCUUUCGUCUCUGCCUAUCAAUAUCUAUCUUUCCUUUCUGCUGGAAGUAUGCCUUUGUACAGCCUGUGCCUAUGAAGGGUGACCGCUCCAAUCCCUCAAACUACCGCCCAAUAGCUUGUCUAUCUAAAGCUUUUGAAUUAAUCCUUAACCGGAAGAUUCAAAAGCACCUUUCCACUUCUAAUCUUCUCUCUGAUCGCCAGUAUGGAUUCCGCAAGGGGCGUUCUACUGGCGAUCUUCUUGCUCUCUUAACUGACUCUUGGUCAUCCUCUCUUAGCAGUUUCGGUGAAACUUUCUCUGUUGCGCUAGACAUAUCGAAAGCCUUCGAUAGAGUUUGGCACCAGUCUUUGCUUUCUAAACUGCCCUCUUUCGGAUUCUAUCUCUCUCUCUGUUCCUUUAUCUCCAGUUUUCUUUCCGGCUGUUCUAUCUCUGCGGUGGUAGGCGGUCACUGCUCUUCCCCUAAACCUAUCAACAGUGGCGUUCCACAGGGCUCUGUCCUAUCACCCACUCUCUUCCUGUUAUUCAUCAAUGAUCUUCUUUCCAUAACAAACUGUCCUGUCCACUCGUACGCCGACGACUCCACUCUGCAUUAUUCAACUUCUUUCAAUAGAAGACCAUCACAACAGGAAGUACACGACUCCAGACUGGAGGCUGCAGAACGCUUAACCUCAGACCUUGCUAUCAUUUCCGAUUGGGGCAGAAGGAACCUUGUGUCCUUCUAUGCCUCAAAAACUCAAUUUCUCCACCUAUCAACUCGACACAAUCUUCCAAACACCUAUCCGCUAUUCUUCGACAACACUUAGCUGUCACCUUCUUCAACACUUAACAUCCUCGGUCUAUCCUUAACUCAAAAUCUCAACUGGAAACUUCAUAUCUCCUCUCUUGCUAAAUCAGCUUCCUCGAGGUUGGGCGUUCUGUAUCGUCUCCGCCAGUUCUUCUCCCCCGCGCAGUUGCUUUCCAUAUACAGGGGCCUUGUCCGCCCUCGUAUAGAGUAUGCAUCUCACGUGUGGGGGGGCUCCACCCACACAGCUCUUCUGGACAGUGUGGAGGCUAAGGCACUUCGUCUCAUCAGCUCUCUUCCUCCUACUGAUAGUCUACCUCUUAAAUUCCGCCGCGAUGUUGCCUCUCUUUCUAUCUUCUAUCGAUAUUUCCACGCUGACUGCUCUUCUGAACUUGCUAACUGCAUGCCUCCCCCCCUCCCGCGGCCCCGCUGCACACGACUUUCUACUCAUGCUCAUCCCUAUACUGUCCAAACCCCUUAUGCAAGAGUUAACCAGCAUCUUCACUCUUUCAUCCCUCACGCUGGUAAACUCUGGAACAAUCUUCCUUCAUCUGUAUUUCCUCCUGCCUACGACUUGAACUCUUUCAAGAGGAGGGUAUCAGGACACCUCUCCUUCCGAAUCUGACCUUGCUUUUGGCCACCUCUUCUGAUUCUUUUUUUAGGAGCAGCGAUUAGCGGGCUUUUUUAUUAUUGUUUUUUUGUGUGCCCUUGAGCUGCCUCCUUUGUUGUAAAAAAAAAAUGAGAAGAAGAACGAAAAAGAGAGAGAAUCAGGAAAACAGAAAUGAAAAGAUAAAGAAAAUAAGACAAAUAUAAGAUCGAGGAAAAGAGAAUGCGAGAAAAAUAAAGAACAGCAAACAUGAGACAGAGAACGAGAGAGAGAGAGAGAGAGAGAGAGAGAGAGAGAGAGAGAGACAAGGAAAUAAAGAAUAGAAGAGAAGGAGAAUAAGAUCAACAUAGGGUAGAGCACAAGGGAAGGGGUUGCUUAAUUUUAGGGACUUCGAAUCUUUCCCUAUUUUAUCGGGAAACCCUUUUAGAAGUAUGUUAAUUUUAAGGGUGAGAAUGUGACACGUGAGUGAGGCUUUCGAUUUUAUAUAUAUGCUUUAUGUUUUUUUUUUUUUUUUUUCAUGAAGCCUUCAAUAUUUUUUUUUUUGUGUGUGUGUGUGCGUACAUGUAUAUUUUUUGCUCAGUUUGUGUUUGUUAUUGUGUUUGUGAAUGCAGUGACAGUAAGGAAUUUCAAACUUUCUCCUUUUUUAUUCAUUUUAUUUUAUUUAUUUAUUUAUUUUUUUAUUUAUUUAUUUAUUUAUUUAUUUUUUUUUUGCUUCAUUCGUUUUGUGGAUAAAUAUUUUUUUGUCCGAUUUUGUGUUCGUUCGUGUGUUUGUGAAUUCAAAGCAGCAGUAACGAACCCUCUUUCCUUUUGUUGUUGUUGUUGUUUUUGGCUUCAUUCAUUCAUUAAAAAAUCGUUUAUGGGAAGGAUUGUACACUAAUUCUUCGUGGGGUUAUAUUGCCUUCGUUUAUUUAUCAGAUUUAAGAGACGCAAAACUCAUAUGGUGACAGGUCGGCCAGUCAGCUUGCUAUAACGCUACUUAUUCAUUCUACGUAAUAAUGCAAGUUAAUCAAGUACACAUCGCUUGUCUAAAACAUUUCAAUAUCAGCAAGCAUCAGUUUUGGGGGGAGAGGAGAGAGAUGGCAAUCAUUAUACGCUGACAUCAUGUUAUGGGCUUUCCUUCGCCUGUAUUUCCUCCUGCCUAUGACUUGAACACCAAUAAGAGAGGACCAUCAAGGGGGCUAUCAGAGUGGCUGUACCAUAAAUCCCUUCGAGACUCCCUUCUGUCUAUUUUCUGCCUUUGAACUGUCUCUUUCGCUCUGUUCAAUAUAUAUAUAAAAAAACAAGCUGACUGGGUGAUCUGUCUUCAUAGGAUUUGGUAAGACUGGAUCUGCUCUUUCUGUUACCGUGUUUCAUAGUAAUAUAUAUAUAAAGCGUUAUUAUCGAAUGUCAGGCAUAUCCGUAAACUACUACAAGGAUUAGCAACACACACACACACACACACACACACACACACACACACACACACACACACACACACACACACACACACACACAAUGAUUUUUUUUAUAUAUAACUGUUGAUUUCACGGCCCAUGUUUAUAUUGAGAGAGAGAGAGAGAGAGAGAGAGAGAGAGAGAGAGAGAGAGAGAGAGAGAGCGGGCGAAGGCAGAGUUAUAAGAUACAUCGAUUUAUUCUUUCUUUAUUUUUUUAUAUCGUCACGUGGAAAUCAAGAAGAGGAAUGUUGAUAAUAAUAGACUCCCUUGAAAUUUAUCUUUUAUUCCCAUUUUCUUUGUUUCACAGGCACUCAGCGACGCCAAUGUCUUAUAAAUGUGAACAAAGAACGCGGUAGUAUUAAUAAUCAAAAUUUUAUAUCGCUACACGACGAAUACUUCCUUAAAUUACUUGAUAUAGGAGUGAAAGAAAAAGGAGGUGUAUCAUUUUUUCUCUGGAUUACGAGAGAGAGAAAAAAAAGUAAUAUGAGAGGAACGAGAAGGUAACGUUGGAACAUUUUUUACUUUAUUUUUAUUUGGGAUAACGAAAAAAGAAAAAAAAUAAUGAAAAAAGGAAAAGGGCAAAUGAAAUGAAAAAUUGGGAACUGUAAUAGGAAAAUAAUAAGAGAAGUGUCGAAAUUUUAAAACGAAGAUAUUUCCUUUCUUUUAUUUUCCUUAGAUAACGAAAGGAUAAAAAGUAAUGGAAUAGAAAGGAAAGGGCAAAUAGAAUGAAAUAAUUAAAAAAAAAGUAGGAGGAGGAUAUCAAUAGGAAAAGAAAUAAGAAGAAAAAGGAAGAGAAUAAUCAUUGAUCCCUUUUAUCAGACUCGAACCCUUUCUGGACAUAGUACAAAGCGCCUCGCACACCACAACCUUUCCCGAGCCUCUUACCAGCUGUUCUGUGUCCCGGGGUAAUGAUUGCACAUCCACCACAGGCUCAAAGGGCUAACGAGACGAAGAUGAGCACCGAGGCCACGCGCAGCUAUAGUGUAUUAGACCUUAACUUACCCUCCAACAACUAAUCACAAAAGCGUUGAUCGUAUAAGCAGAGAUGACUUUUCUUAUAAUAUUUUUCCCUCUCAGCUUUUCUUAUUUAUUGAUACAAAGACGUCUAUUAAUUGUUCAAGCAGGGAUGACUUUUCUUAUAAUAUUUUUCCCUCUCAGCUUUUCCUAUUUAUAGAUACAAAGACGUCUAUUAAUUGUUCAAGCAGGGAUGACUUUUCUUAUAAUAUUUUUCCCUCUCAGCUUUUCCUAUUUAUAGAUACAAAGACGUCUAUUAAUUGUUCAAGCAGGGAUGACUUUUCUUAUAAUAUUUUUCCCUCUCAGCUUUUCUUUCUUAUGUAUAGAUAGAAAGACGUCUAUUGCUCAAACAGGGAUGACUUUGCUUAUCAUAUCUUCCUCGGUUUUUCUUUCUCACUCAAUAGAAGAGAAGACGUUUAUUAUAUUCAAGCAGGGAUGUCUUUUCUUAUAAUAAUUUCCCCAUUUAGUCUUUCUUUCUUAUAUAACAGAUUCAAAUACACAAACAACCAUAAUCAAAACAAAACAAAGGACAAAAAAAACAAGCAAUUCAACAAAGAAAACAAAUCGCUCACUCAUCUUUUUAAGGGGAACUCGGCUAGACACUUUCACUCUUCGAUUAUUCCUCCUCCUCCUCCCCCUCUUGAUCUCCACGUCGCCUUCCCUCCCUUGCCUGCCUGCCUCUGUCCCGCCCCUCGCCUCUCAGCCCUCAAUCAACCCUUGUAUAUAGUCAAAUCAACGAAGAAGUAGAUGUAGACGCCCUCAUGGACCUUACUUACAGCACAGCAACGGGGCGGAGAGAGUGAGUGAGUGUGAGUGUGUAUGAGAGAGAGAGAGAGAGAGAGAGAGAGAGAGAGAGAGAGAGAGAGAGAGAGAGAGAGAGAGAGAGAGAGAGAGAGAGAGAGCACUGCCCAUUCCAAUCCAAUUUCUACUGUUAGGUGAUAAUGUCUAUGGAAACACACACACACACAUACACACACACACACACACACACACACACACACACACACACACACACAUGACAAUUAUUUAUAUUAGAACAAACCCCCCCCUACCCCCCUCUCCAAUCCAUCGACUUAAAGAUAUUAUUCUUAAAUCUACAAACCGGCGGUGAAUUUCCUUAACAAAUAUAAGAAAAACGAUUAUUAUAUAGAUUCAGAGAAGGUUAUUUAAUGAAAGGUUAUUUAAAUAUUGUAUUCACUUAACUAGAAUUGUAAGGGUUUUCUUUGUACUCGUAUUUUGAUAUUGUUUCUUUUAUUAUUCUUUUUAUGUCAUUAUGCAGAAGAUAUAUUUUAUGGGAUAUAUUUGUUACUAUUGGUACUACUACUACAUCUACUACUACUACUACUUCUACUACUACCACUACUACUACUACUACUACUACUACUACUACUGCUACUACUGCUACUACUACUACUGCUACUACUACUACGACUACUAUACUGAUGACCUGCAGUGAUUUUGAACUAUUAUUAUUAUUAUUAUUAUUAUUAUUAUUAUUAUUAUUAUUAUUAUUAUUAUUAUUAUUAUUAUUAUUAUUAUUAUUAUUAUUAUUAUUACUAUUGUCACUAGAGAAAUUAUUAUUGUUGUUGUCGUUGUUGUUAUAUAGUUGACACACUACAAAUAUUUAUGAAUUACUCUUAUAAGCAAGACAAAUAAUGGAUCUCACUUUUGGUUAUGCACUUUGAUCACUCUAUUUAUCAACACUAUUAUCUCUAUAUAUUAAUGGACAAUCACCUCCACCACCUCCACCACCACUACUAUUACUACUAUCGCUAUACUGCUGCUACUACUAUAACUACUACUACUACUCCUACUAUAACUACUACUACUACUAUAACUACUACUACUAUAACUACUACUACUACUACUACUACUACUAUAACUACUACUACUACUACUACUACUACUACUACUACUAUAACUACUACUACUACUACUACUACUACUACUACUACUACUAUUACUACUACUUCUACUGUAAUAUGUGUUAUCCCUUAGUAGUUUAUAUCAUUAUGACUGCCAAUCAUCUUUAAUUAUAAUAAUUAACACAUACACACAAACAAAUAAACAAACACAU